AUGUCUUACCAACAACAACAGUGCAAGCAGCCCUGCCAGCCUCCUCCUGUGUGCCCACCUCCACAGUGCCCAGAGCCUUGUCCUCCCGUUAAGUGCCCUGAGCCUUGUCCUCCCCCAAAGUGCCCCGAGCCGUGCCCCCCUCAGCCAUGGCAGCCGAAGUGUCCUCCUGUGCAGCCUCCUCCAUCCUGCCAGCAGAAGUGCCCACCCAAGAGCAAGUGA